CUAUUUUUGGACAAAAUUGAACUAAAAUUGUCAAAAUCAGUUGAUUUUUAUAUCUUAUUAAAGGUUUUAUUAUUGUCAUGUACAAUCACGGCUGGUAAUCUACACAUGCAGAACAUUUGGUUCUGCAAUGAAAACAGUGAGAGGAUUUUCUGGUUGUGCUUGAGUGGAGCAAUUGACACCGCUUCGAAAGGUUUAACCAGAUAAACAUAUAAAUAUAAAAAUGGUUCAAACAGCAAAUCUGCCAAAAGAUAAUUAUGAGUUUGUGAAAUGUGUGGUGGUUGGUGAUGGAGGUGUUGGAAAAACAUGUCUGACAUGUGCCUGGUCAGUUGGCACUACAUACAAACUGGAAAGCCUGGUCAAGUCACAUGUAUCUACAGUCUUUGCUAUCGAUCAUUUCAUAAAAGACAAACAGGUAUCUGACAGAUCUUGGUGCAAUGUGGAUGGGGUACCAGUUUGUUUACAUCUCUGGGAUACAUUCGGUUACCAUGAUAAAGAUAGGGGAUUUGCUUAUAAAGGGGCAGAUGUAGUUUUGCUUUGCUUCAGUGUUGUCAAACCUUCAUCUUUGGACAGUGUCAUAAGAUUUUGGGUUUCGGAGAUAAAGUCAAAAAGUAGCACAACACCUAUAGUGUUGGUUGGUACCCAGGCUGACAUGAGAUACAAUUGUUAUGACGAUGGCUACAAAGCUAUGGACAAAGGUCUGGUGUACAAAGAAGUAAAACCAGAACAUGUUAUUUUACCAGAAAAAGGGAGAACAGUUGCAAAGCAGAUAGGUGCACCAUACUAUGAAACAAGUGUUUUAACACAUCAUGGUGUGGAUGAUGUCUUUUUUAAUGUAAUCAGAGCAGCCAUGAUUGAAAGAAGAAAGAUCAAAUUUUGGAGUCCACAACUACGCAGAAUAAAAUAUCCACUCAUCCAAAAGCCAAUGGAAUGGCCAAUGAGAUUGUUUCCAGAGAUAAAAGUCCCUGAGAGUACAAUAAAUGAAGAACUUGCUGAGAUACAUACCAGACAAAAUGUUGGAGAUAUGUUGAUUAGUGUGCGGGAUGUCUGCUUUACAGCUCAUAGGGUAAUACUGGCUUCCUCAUGUCAAAUAUUUGAAGAAAUUUUAAUGGCAGACUAUUGUAGUCAUGACAAAUCUGCUGUCAAAACUUCUGAGACAACACAGCAGACAGCAUUUUGCCAUGACAUUAAAUUACCAGGAUUUGAAACUAUUGAAUACAAGCAAUGUCAGGACCCAUUCAAUAGGAUGCAUGGAGAAAUGAUCACUGUAUUAACUGUAGCAAGGGAAGUAACUCCUCUUGCUUUGCAAUAUGUAUUAGAGUAUUUAUAUACUGGCACAGCAAAAGAAGACUUUGACAUCUUACCGGAAGCCAAACAAGCUGCUGAGCUUCUCCAGUUAAAAGAUUUACUUUUGCAGAUUUCUAAUCUUCAAUCAAAGGAAGCUUUCCUGAACUCAAAAUUACAAAAGCAAUUUAGACAUGAUAGAUGUGAUGCUUUAAACAGAAUGGCUAUUCACAAAGGAGCAUUUACAGAUGUAAAGUUUUCCUUGGAUGAUGAUAUUGUAAGUGCCCACAAACCAUUAUUAAUGGCACGUUGUGACAUGAUGGCUGCCAUGUUUACAGCUAAUUUCAUGGAGGCCUCUGCUCCUGUGAUCCCCUUACCAGGUGUGACUGCUGAUGUGUUCAAGGUUUUACAAGAGUUUCUGUACACUGGUUGUGUAACAAAUGUAAUGGAUGUGGAUUGUCUGGCUUUGAUAGAAGUGGCCAACAGGUUCUGUCUUCCAAGGUUUGUCAAGUUGAUAGAGAAUGCCAUUGUAGAACAGUUCCAGAUGUGGGAUGACCAGAAAGUCAACAUUUUAGAAGAUGUCAUUCUCUUGAUAGAACCAUCACAUUUACACAAUGCAUACCAGCUUGCUGCUUGGUGUUUAGAAUAUGUUUGUCAACAUUAUCCAGACGCAUGGAAAUACAACAAACAUUACAUGCAGGCAUUAUCCAAAGACAAUCUGAAAUUUUUGGAAAAAAACAGAUGGACGCCAGCAUGGUAUGUAAAUGAAUAUGAGUUGUAUAACAAUGCUAUCAAUGAAGACAGCAAGAAGAGACUAAUACAGAGACAGGCACAGUUCACACGAUUACAGCGAUGUACAACAGCAUGUCUUUGCUUCAGACGACCUUCAAGAUUUGCAUUUGAAGAUACUGAUAUAGAAGAAGUGCAGGGUUGAAUAUGAGAACAAAAAAUUAUGAAAAAAGCCAGUGAAUCAACAAUACUAGCAUUUCAUUGGUUAUCAUUUGAGGUUUGCUCAUCUGUCGUUUCCAUGGCUACUGUAUCUGGUGUGUUCAGCAACUGUUGUCAUGGACCACUGUUAUUAUUUUAGAAUGUUAAAUUUAAAUACUCAUUGAAUACAAUGUCCCUGUGGUUUAGAUUAUUUGAUAUCAGCCAUAUUGAACCAAAAUUUAAUUUUAAGAAAAAAGCAAAAUAUUUUCUUCAAAACUAAUUUUAUAGGAAAUUUAAUUCAAUAAAGAUUAUAAGCUGUCUUAUUUAACGCAAAUGACCACAUACUUAAUAGCAAAGAUUGAUUAAUACAUGUUAAAUGUGCAUGUUCUUGAAAUUUCUGUUAUUGACGCUUUAACAGUCAAACAAGAAUAUCUGUAUUGCAACAUGAAAAGUAAUAUUGUAAAGAACAUGAUAGUUUAUAUAUUUUUUUUGUUACUUACAAUAAAGGAGUAUGUUCGAUAAGGUCAUAAAAUGGCCCCGUUUUUUUGCGUAAAUUUAAAAUUCGGAUUUACCGACCAAUAUCACGCUAAAUUAUAGCCAACACAUUGACUAGCUAGGAUGUGAACCAUUUUGUUGAAAAUUUUACGUUUCUGCGUUUCAUUAUGACGUCACAAGUUGUACUCAUAUUGAUUUUUCAUGAAAAAAUCAAGGAAAAUGGGUGAAUUUUCAUAGAUCAUUGGACAGGCAACAUAGAGCGCAUACGUCGACAACAAAGAUCUUUUAAAAUAAUGUUUGUGAAGACAUUUCAAAUUUUUUAUUUGAGUCUUAAGCUUGUCAACGCCUGCGCUCUAUGUUUCCUUGUCCUUUAUUUGGCCAAAAUCUAGCUGAUUUUGUCAUAUUUCACCAAAAUCCCUUAUCUUGACCUUUUUUGGAUGUAAAAAUCAACGUCAUAGAAUUAAACUUUGACAAAAACAGUUCUGUUUAACUUUCUAACAUGUCUUUAAGGCAACUUUAGACAUUUAUUAUCUUUUAACUCUGAACUUUAUAAUUGGGGCCAAAUAUGACCCUUACCGAACUUACUCCUUUGAUAUAAAAAUGUUUUUCUCAGGGUAAAAAUCUGCUCUAUAAUGAGUUAUUUGAAUAUUGAAUCUAAUAAUUUUAAAAAUGACAAAAACUUUGUGGUCAUGAGUUCAUAGAUCUUAAAUCAUAAAUUUCAAUCAAUACUUCACAUGAAAUAUAGUAGGAUAUUGACACUUUUUAUUUGUUACAAUGAAUUAAAUAAUUGAAUAUUAAAAUUUUUGUUUGUAAAGUCAGUAACAUGUAAACACAUUUGUAAGAUAUUUUUUUUUUUUUUUUUUUAUUAUCUCUGCACUGUUUAUCAUGCUUAUGAGGGUGAAAUAAAGUUUGUGUUAGGGUAUGUAUUUUUUGGGGUAAAGGCAAUGUGCAUUACUUGAAAUUUUUGUUGGUUUAUAUAGUAAACAGCAAUACUUUUACAGUUCCUAUUUAAAAAGCUUUUAUGACAGCAAUAUUUUGCAAUUACUUUAUAUGUUUAUAAAGCUUGUAUGCCAUUCAAAUAUAUAUUUUUUAAUUAUUCCAAAGUCAUGUAAGGUCAAGGCCUUGUAAGUUAUUUCCUUUUUAACUUGAUUUUAUAUAAAUAUACAUCCUAUAAAAUGAAAAAACUUAAAUUUAGUACACUAGUUUCAAAAUAAAAGUUUUGUUACUAACAUUCACAUCUUUAAGAACUUUAUAUAUAUAUAUAUAUAUAUUGAUUUAUAAUUAUUGAUUUUUUUACCUGUGUCUUUAGUGAUACUUGUUGAAAGUCUGUUAGUGCAAGUUCAUUGGUAUUAUAUUAGCAGGAACCCUCAAACACACACAUACAUAUAUAUAACCAUAACCUUUUGUAAUGUCAAAUGUUAAAAAUAAAAUAUAAAGCUACCAACGAUCAAUUUCCAUAGUUCAACUUUUAUUUUUAUUAUUUAAAUGUCUGAGAAAUAGUUAUUUUUAAAUUUGAAUGGCAAAAUGCUUGUUACUGACUGUAUAUAACUAUAUAUAUAUACUUUAUCUUAAUUUAUAUGGUAUUUGGUAUUUUUAAUUUUAUGUUGUUGUUCCUCAUUCAUACUGGCUUAUCAGUCAUGAUGUCUGGUUCAUAUUUGUUGUCAGUGGUGACAUGUAGGCUAUGUUGUUUCAUUUGUAUGAUUUUUUGGGGAUUUUUUUUUUAACAUCUGAAUUUUAUUGACUAAAGACAAUAUGUACAUUUAUUGACAAAGGUAUGAUUAUAAUUCAUGUUGAGAACAAAAAAUGAGUCCUGAGUGCUUAUGCUGUAUUUUUUUAAAUGAAAUUCCAAUAAGAGUGCUAUUUUUUUUCUCACAAAUUUUGAUAGUGCUUCAGUUUGCUCAAGUGCUAAAACUAACAAUACUUACAUUGAUAGUGCUUCUUUUUGCUUAAGUGCCCAAACUAACAAAACUUAUUUUGAUAGUGUUUCUGAUAAGUCCAAGUGCUCAAACUAACAACACUUACAUUGGUAGUGCUUCUAUACUUGUCAUUUUAUAACAUUAAGUGCUUCUGUAAAUAACCUCAAAACGUGAUAGGAAAAAAUAAAAAGAUUUUUAGACAUGAGGCCAGCAAUUUGUUGUUUUUAAUGCUUGAACUCUGCCAGUACCUAAACAACUCAGAACAUGUGUGUUGUUAUGAUGUUAUUCAGGUGUUAAAUUUACUAGUGGAUGUUUUUGAAUUAGUGAAAAACAGUUUAGAUGUAAAUGUGCCAAUAAAUUUAAUGUAGGUAUAUUGUUACAAUUUUAAUGCAGGUUUUAAAUUUACCUGCCAAAUUUGUUUGAAUUAGUAAAAAGCUAUGUCGAUACAAAUGUGCCAAUAAACUUGGUGAAGGUGUAUUGUUAAAAAUUUAAAUACAGUUGUUUAAUUUACUUGCCAAUUUGUUUUAAAUUAGUGAUUUAUUUUAGAGUGCCAAAGGAAUAUAAAUCAGUCUUUUUAUGCCAAAUUAUCUGUAGAUUUUUAUCAAAAAUUAAACAUGAUUAUUAUUUGCAUUGAUUUUUAGCAUUUUUACUGUUUUUUACAUUUUUAUUGGCACCUGGAAUAUUUACCUUUAAAUUAAUAAAAUUGAACCUUUUUUUUUAUUGUAUUCGAACGAAAGACAUUUAUUGAUAUAAACAAUCCAAUGAACAAAUACAAGUUUUUUUCUGUUUUUUUUUGUUAAUUUGCUAGUUAAAAUUAUUACAACACAGGAGAAGUAAUCAGCCCAAUAAUACAUGAUUAGGAAUGUCCUGAGAUUUAUAAUGUUCAUUUAGAUAAACUAUAAUCUGAUUAAUUUGGUAAAUUUACACACUAAGUUUGCUACUCCCUUAGGGAAAGAAUCUUAUUCAAUUGUGUUAGACCGCUUUUGGUUACAAAUCUCUCUUGUUAUACUUUUAUCACAAACAUGUCUUUAUUAUCUGUGAGUAAAUUAGAUCUGUACUAGAGAUAUUUUUUGGAUUGUUAGUCUCUUUGAUAGUUUUUUGUGCUUCAUGCAGAUCUGAUCAGUCAAACCAAGUUUAUUCUUAUAUUGUGCUGUUUCACCAUUGUCCCUGGUUGGGGAGGAUUGAGUGCUUACAAAUAGUUUAAACCAUGCCAACUUCUGUAUGUGCCAGGCUCAAGUCAUGACUUAUAAAGUCUGUGAUUCAUAGGUUGUGUUUGGUUGCUGUCUGUCAUACUUGUUUUUCAUUUAUUGUUUUAUCACCAAUCAGGUUGUUUGAUUUUUCUUGUUGAAUUUUCAUGACAGGGCCUUUUAUAGCUCCAAAGGAUAUGGGUUUUCCUAUUGUUGAAGGCUGUACAGUGAAUUAUAAUUGCUUACAUUCAUGCCAUGUAGUCUCGGGUGGAUAGUUGUCUCAUUGCAAUCAAACCACAUUAUUUUUGAUAGUAUCUGAAAUUUCCAAAUUACUAGUAUCUAAAUAAUGUUCUAUUGCUUUCAUUUAUCAAUCUUAUUGUUUUUAAAUGUUAAUUUCAAGAAAUAAAAGAGGUGUUUCCUUAUAGAAUGAUAAGUUUAAUUUAGUUUCAAGUCUCUUCACCAUUAGAUAAACCUUUACAUAUCUGUUUCGGUUUUUUGUAAAGGUUUUACGAAGAGGAAGAGACUUCUUACAUGAUAUGUAAAAAUCCUUUUUGGAACUUCAAUGUUCGUGAACUUAAAUAUAAUUCUGUGUCAUUGGGUUGCUGUCUCAUUGACCUAUAUAUCACAUCUGAUUUGAUUUAUAUUUAUUAAAAGGUUGUGAUUUAUGUUUAUUAAAAGAUUGUUAUAUUAUUUACAAAUAUACUGUUUCUCUGAUGAAAUUAACAAAAAUUCCUCUUGUGAUAAAAAAAAGAAUUACUUUGAGGAUAAUAUAUCAAUAGUUUUUGGGGUGUUCAAAAUCUUAACAACAGUGUAGAAAGCUUUUCUCAAAUAUUGAUUAUCCUAAUGAUGGGUUACCAUAGUUAACUUGCAAUCUUCUUAUCGAUGAGAAAUAGAUGAUUACAAUUUUAGUAUUGCAAUAUUUGCAUGAUAAUUUUAUAGGUAUGAGAACCAGUUACAAAGACUUCAAGUCACUAAGUAAUAGAAAUUCACCUUUAAUCUGUGCAUUGAUGUGAGAUAUUAAAUGUUUAGUUGCAAGACAAGAAGAAACUGUGUCAAAUGAACCAAACACAUAUAAAGGAGGGCACACUAUAUUCUUGGACCAACAAAAAGCAUUUGAUCAGGCGGAUUGGGAAUGGAUAGAUUUUUGUUAACCAAAAACAAAUUUCACACCUCUUCCUUUACUAGAUCGUAAAUUAUGAAUUUCUGUCACUUGAACAGGAUUAUCAAAUACUAUUUUUAAAUAAAUGACUUUUUUGGGGGCGAAAAAUGUGAAAAGCUGAUGAUUGUAAUUGGGAACUGAGGGAAACUGAUUUUUAACCUAUAGCUUUUAUUAUGUAUUAUAUGUGAGAUGUAUAGUAUAUUGAACUGCAAAUUUUUUUAAUCAAUUGUGGAAGACCAUUGGAAGCAAAAAUUUGCAACCCUUUUCUUAUAAAUGGUACUUGAAUUGAAAUGUUAACAUAUAACUUGCAUAUUGAGUACUAUUAAAUAACUGAAAUAAGCAAUUCUCAACUUAUUUACUUGUCCAAUUUUCAAGGAAAGUUGAAAAAUAUAUUAGGCAAAUUUAAUUCUAAACAGACUUCAAAUUGAAGUAUUUUUUAAAUACUUACAUAUUGUAGUGCCUUUCUGAUGUAUGUAAGUUGAAUUUUUGAUUUUUUUAAUUAAUUUUCCCAAUCUUGCAUAAUUUCAGUGAAAUGUGUAGAAAACUCUGCAUUAAAAUACACUUUCAAAUCACUGAGUUUAAGAUUUUUACACCAGCCGAUGAUUAUAUUAAAUAACUAGUCAGUAGAAGUUUUGGAUUGAUGAAAGAUUGUUCAAAGAUAAUAUGCAUUGAUAGAUAUGAAGAAUGUUUUUUUAAGUUAAAGAAAGUUAAAAUGAAUGAUUUUUGUUAAUUGUAAUGGUUAGGGUAACUGCUAGAUAUAAUUUUUCACCAUUUGUCUUUCCAAGAUUAUUACUACUUUUAAAAAUGUUAUUGUUAAUAGUUAAUGUGGAUUGUUUUGAAAAUAAUUAUUUUAUUUCACAGAUUAUAUUGUGAUAAUCCACUAUAUGUAGUUAGAAGUAGAAAUAUAAUCAUUUCAAUGCUAUGUACCGGUAUUCUUUAUUUAGUAAGUAUAGAUUUGAUGGGCUAAGGAUCAAAAUUUGUGUUUUAUAUAUAAAAAGUGAUAGUUUUAGAAGAAUGAAACAAAAUAUGACAAGAUUUAGAUAAAGAAGUUAUUCUAUGAUAUUAUUUUUUGUUAUUUUCUUUUCCUUGUUAUAUAAGGGUAUUUCUUUAUUUUAUAAAUCAGUCUUCUAUUUAUCAUGUUUAUGAUAUAUUCUAUAUCUCACGUAGCUUUAUCAUUUAUUUGUGUUCACAGUUGGAGUAGGAACAGAGAGUGGGGGGUAUUCUUCUAUAUGGUGUUCCCACCCCAGUGUUUAAAAUGUAUUUAUUAUCACCAGAUCUGAAAAUAUAUGUAGUACCUUUGAAAACUGAUUGAAAUUAUAUACUAGCUAUAUGGAAGUUAGAUUGG